CUUUAUAACUCCAUGGGAUUGGUAUACUUAUUGGGCUCUAGCUCAUUCUUUUUUUUUAAUUUUUUUUUUUCAAAUUCCUAGACUUUUGUGUGGCUCGCCUCAACUUGGAAGAUUAGAGUUUCUGGAGGAUCAAAUGUGAACAUCUGGUAGUUGAGGUUUUGCUUAGGGUGACUCUAGGAUGUAGUUUUAUCCUUUGUUUUAUGAAGUAGGUUGAUUGUAAAUAUUUGCUUUGUGAAGUUGGAUGUAUUGAUUGAUUCAUGAAUAGUAUGUUUUAUUUUGGGGGUAAUGGUGCAUGGAAACUGUCUUAGUAGUAUGAUGAUAUUUUUGUCUUUGAAUGGAUCAUCUCAUAUAUGUUGGCCAAUCGAAGGGUCUUAUGCACUAUUGGUGAUGUGAUAUAAGAAUUAUACAGGUGAUUAUUGUGUACAGGUGUUAUAGCGUUGAAGUGCGCCCUCUUGGUUGGGGUUGCCUUGCCGAGAUUGGGUUGUGACAGUAGCUGAGGGUGGUGGUGUGGGUAAAGAAUGUGAGAGUAGUGAGAAAUCAAGUCAGAAUUAGGCUAGGGAGCAUGAGGGUAAUGAUAUAGAACAUGAGGAGGGGUUGCAGCAUACUACUGACACUGAGUCUGUAGAAGGUAAUGAGGCUGAUGAGAGUGACAGUGCACAGAAUGAGACUGAAUUUUUGCCUGAUGAAGAGAGAACUUAUAGUGAUGACUCUAAGGACUUGGACUAUAUAGUCAGUGAAGAAUAUAGUGAUACUGAAGCUUCUAAGGGUAGUGUAGAGGAAAGUGAUCACCAAAGUUGGUUGUAUGAAGACCUAGAGGGUCCAAAUUAUGACAUUUUUAAUGAAACCUCACACAAAAUAACUAAAGGACCACUAUCUAAAGUCAAUCUACCAGAUGAUGUUGGUUGGUAUUCAGAUGAUGAUGAUGAAUUAAUUAGUCAAAAAAGGGCAUCAGAUUAGGCAGAUGAUGCUGGAUACCUUGAAUACAAAGAAGAGAUGAUAAGGGAUCCCAAACUUGUGGUUGGAAUGAAAUUUCCCAGUCCCCAAGUUUCCAGAGAGUAUUUGAGGGAGUUUAAUGUGGUGGAUAGUUAUGAUAUAAGGUACAUCAGAAAUGAGAGUGUUAGGAUCACUGCUGUUUGUAGGCAUACCUGUACUUGGAGGAGUGGGGGAACCACAACCUUUCAGAUCAAAACUCUAGAGAGGAAACACACAUGUGAGAGGCAUUACAACAACAAACAAGCCAACUUUAAGUAUUUGGGGAAGAAGUUUGUAGAUGAGGUGAGAGAUGACCCCUCCAUUAACAUAGCCUAUUUCAAAAAAAAAAGUGAGAAAAGAGAUAAUGAUGGAUGCAAGUAGGUUUCAAAUAUAUAGGGCAAAGAGAAAGACAAGGGAGAUAAUUGUAGGGGAUUUGGUAGAUCAAUAUCACGGGAUUAGGGAUUAUGCAGUUAUAGUUAUUAGGAAAAAUCCAACCUCACACAUUUCAAUAACAACUAAUCCUGAAAAGACAGAGCUUACAGUUCAAAGGAUGUAUUUCAGAUUUGGUGCACAGAAAAAUGGAUUUCUAGCAAGGUGUAGACCAAUAAUAAGACUAGAUGGAUGUCAUUUAAAAUGGAUUUUUGUAGGGCAGCUACUUAGUGCUAUUGAGAGAGAUAGAAAUGACAACAUGUAUCCUAUUACAGUGGCUUUGGUUGAGAUAAAAUGUAAAGCCUCUUGGUCUUGGUUUCUUGAGGAAUUGAUGAGUGAUAUUGGGAGUGUUGGGGAGAUGGGGUGGACAUUUAUAUCAGAUAGACAGAAGGGGUUGGUUGAAACAUUUGUAGGGUUAUACCCUACUGUAGAUCACUUAUACUCCCAAGACAUAUGUAUAGUAACUUUAAGACAAAAUACAGUAGUUGUGUGUUGAAAGACUUGUUUUGGAAAGCUGCAUCAACUGGAAAUGUGCAUGAAUUCAAUUAUUGGAUGAAGAAGAUUGAAGAAACUGAUCCUAAGAUUGGAAAUAGGGAGACAACUGUGGAGUGGUUGAGGGAGACUGACUCUGCUUUGUGGGCAAAGUCACAUUUUUUUCCAAGGAGCAAGUGUGACAUCCUUGUGAACAAUUUGAGUGAGUCAUUCAAUUCUUACAUUCUAGAAACUAGAGAGCUACCAAUAAUCUCCAUAUUUGAAUGAUCAGAAGGAAAUUGAUGCACAAGAUUCAAGUUAAAAAGGCUGGAAUGGCAAAAUACAGUGGUUAGAUUUGUCCCAAUAUUCAUAACAAACUUGAGAAGUUAAAGGUGGAAUCAAGGAACUGCUUUGCAACCUGGUGUGGACAAUUGGAAUUUGAGGUUGAUCAUUUUCAAAAGAGAGACAUAGUGGGCCUAAGUACUAGGACAUGUAGUUGCAAGAGAUAGGAUUUGUUUAGUUUGCCUUGUAGUCAUGCCAUUAAUGCCAUUCAAAUAAAUCAUGAGCAGUUAGAAGCCUAUGUGCAUGAGUAUUACAGCAAGUCUAGGUACUUGGAUACUUAUGCAUUCAUGAAACACCCAAUUCUAAACAUACAUGAGUAUGAAAAAGGUGGCUAGAAAUUGAAUUCACCAGAAGCAAAGAAAUAAGCAGGUAGACCAAAAAAGUUAAGAAAUAGACAAGCAAAUGAGCCAAGAAAUCCACACAAGGCAUCAAGGAAGAAUAUCAAUGUGACAUGUGCUAAGUGUCUGUAGAAGGGGUACAAUCAGAGGUCAUGUAAGAAUAGACUGCAUCCUAAGUCUAAAAUGAGAUUUGCUAGUGGGCAAUCAUCUCAACCUGCAUCAACUCCUACUCCUACAACAAACAUCCCAUCAAAUGAAAUAUCCAAUAAGAGCCAAACUAGAAGAGGAGGCCAGGCAGCAUCUCAGCCACUAAUUACUACUGCUUCUAUUGGACUGAAGAGGAGGAGUACUAGGUCAUCCACUCAGCUCACAAAACUACCAACCCAUGGUGGAAAAACAUUAAGUGGUCUUGGCAAAGGACCUGAAAUCACAGUUGGUGGGAGGGGUAAAGGACCAAUUAAUGCAUCUGCAGUCAAUGUUGGAAAAAUUGGAGUGACUGCUAAUGUUAGAGGGCAUGUUGUUUCAAUAACUUCUGUACUAGAGACAACCAAAGCAAUGAGGCAUGCCAAAUAACUGGCAACUGGUUCAAAGUAGACUAUAGGGUUACCUUUUAUUAUUUAUGUUUUUGUGUUGAAACAAUAUUGUGGAAUGUAUUGUGUUUGUCUUUAAGCUAAAGAAAGAUAGACACACAUUUAGAGUUAUGGUUUUUGACAAUGAUUUUUGUU